AAGAGUGGCCUUAUUCAUUCAAACUGACACCCGAGGACACAGUGACGAUAGUAGACCACUGAUAAGGCCACAGUGUGGACUUACGUGACAUAUAAGGGACCAGCCGUACGGGGGUUACAUAUCAACCCGAGUUAAAAUGCUGCUGUCGAUUGCCUUGAUGUUGCUAUCAGCUGUCACCAUGGUGAUGGGGGGUCACGGUCACUGUGCUCAUCACACCUGUGACAGCCACUGCUGUGAUGUGCAUCACCAUCACAAUCAAGACAUCGAUUGCUCAAACUGUGCUGGUUGUUGUCAGACUCCAACCCACGCUGCAGCUGUGUACUCCGAUUGGUCGCAGUGUUCGCUGGAAUGUGGAGGGGGUGUACAAUACCGCCACUGUAUACAGAACUGCCCGCAGUCACACAUGGCAGAGGAGCCUCGGAGCUGCAAUGUACAAGCGUGUCCAACCACAACAACCGUUCGAGUCCCUAUAACCACAAAGGCUGCAACUAGCACGAUAGAAUGGACAUCAUGGGGUAGUUGGUCAAGCUGUAGCACAGCUCAAAAGUGCGGACAUCAUGGUCAUUCGAGACGGUCACGCAACUGUGUCGAAACGAUCCACGGACAUACCCAUACUGUCCACAAUCACAUAUGUCCAAAUACUUCUACCGAAACCCGAUCGUGUAUUGUCGCCUGUCCCAUUGUACAAACAGCUGUGAAUGGAGGAUGGGGUGUUUGGUCGAGUUGGUCUUCAUGUUCGGUUACCUGUGGUAACGGACACCGAACCCGGCAUCGUACCUGUGACAGUCCAAAACCAGAGCACGGGGGUGCUUCCUGCCAUGGGCACCAUUUAGACGGAACAAAAACGUGCACGAACGACCAUGACUGUCCAAGAGCAAUCCUUCAUCAAUGCAACAAGUUGUCUGUUUUGCACGCGCUAGCAGAAAUCGACACCACUUCUAAGACAACUUGCCUAGACAAUUGGAAGACGGAGACCGAGGGUUUCCUAACGGAUCAUUGCGCUGCUCCGAACAACACGCGCCUAUGGCACGAAGGGGCCAAGGUAUUACACUACUGCCCAAACAUAACUACCCAACAGUAUCUACCAGUUGGAACGUUUAAUAAUCAUCACUAUGGCAACGGGACCGUUCUUGGAUUCGCCGGCAUAUUUGUUGGAUGCAAUGCCCAACACACCGGAUUCAAGAUCGCAACAAGGGUAUGUGGAGGUGUUGCCGAAGUGAUCGAACUUCCACUACAAGCCAACUACAACCACACCUCCACCGGUAUCAUACCGAGCGACCCAUCUCUUUAUAGCUUUAUCAAGUGGGCCUAAACCUAUCACUAGGCUGAUAUUAUACACAAUUAAAGGUUUUAUCUCACAAAG